AUGAGACCUCUAAUGCAGGUUGUCCAAGAUGUUACUUCACAUCUAGCUGUGAACUAUGAGAACUAUGAGCUCUUGAAGGAAGAUCAUCAACUAGCAAUCCAUGAAGCCGAACCAGUCCCUCCCUGGUAUCAGCUUAUGUUUCUUCGAUUGGACGAGAGGGGUAGGUGGAUUCAACGGGGAUCUACUUGCUUACCCGCGAUUCAAAUGCCAAAGACUGUGGCGAGGUUCUGA